AUGGCAGCAACCCUAGUCCCAGAAGUGGUUCUUGAAUCCUCCACUGGCCGCAGGACCAUGCCUGUGCUUGCCUUCGGCACAGCAGCCAACAAUUUACAACCAGAGGUUCUGCUAGAAGCUGUUCUCGAAGCCAUCAAACUCGGUUACCGACACUUCGGCACGGCAUACGAGUACGGCUCUGAGCAGAGCCUGGGAGUAGCUCUAGCCCAAGCACUCAAACUCGGCCUCGUGGCUUCUCGUGACGAGCUCUUCAUCACUUCCAAGCUUUGGCCUAACGAUGCUCACCCUGACCUGGUUAUUCCUGCUCUAAAGAAAACAUUCCAGAAUCUUGAAUUGGAGUAUCUUGAUCUGUAUCUGAUUCACUGGCCCAUAUAUUAGGGAAUGCGGAAGAAUGAACUGAAGAAUAGAAAUCGAAAUAAUUCACAACCACAAGCGAAAAUAAAAUGAAAGAGAACACCGGGAUUUAACGUGGUUCGGCAAAGUAUCUACGUUCACGGGUAGCAACAAUAAAGAACCUCCACUAUACGAAGAAAUGUUACACCGAGAGAAACACUACUACAAGACUCACACUUGAAGGGAUACACUCUCACACACUUUAUUUUGCUACACACAUAAAACUCUAUACUUGGAGUUUUCUCUCUAUCUCUCACUCUUGAUCACACACAAGAUGAUCACUUCCUUAUUGUUCUUCGAUGUUUAUUGCACCACUUCUCAUGCCUUUAUAUAGGCAAACAUCUUUGUGCAAUUCAUGCAUUUGCAUGUAACAUGCAUGGAAGUAAAGUCAAUCUUCUUCCUUGAUUCAUACUCAAUGUUGGCAUGCUCAUCAAUGCAUUAUUCUUUCUUUGUCAAACAAAUCAACCACCUA